AUGGCCCUUGAGCCGCUUCGUGGCUCAUGCUCUUGUGGUCGAAAUGCAUAUCAAAUCAAUAUCCCGGACGAUGUAACAGACCAUGCCGAAGUAUACUUCGACAAUGGUCGAGACAGUUGUCGACUCCACGGCACACCUCUUGCGGCAUGGCUACGCGUGCCUCUCGAGUGGUAUCAGUCCUACACCCAGUCCUUCUUCCCAGAUGAAACACACUCUUCCAUCCGCCGAAGUUUCUCACCACACCAUGCACCCCAGACACAGCGCGUCUUCUGUGGGUAUUGCGGUACACCCUUAACUUUCUGGACAGAGGUGCCAAGUGAAGAAUCAAACUUCAUGUCUGUCGCAAUUGGCAGUUUACGGGCGAAAGACCAGCGCGUACUGGAUGAUCUGAAUUUACUACCAAGCGACUUUGAGGAGGGUGCUUCGCCUGCCGAUGUCGCGACUUCAAGUGAUCUAGCACCUGCCUUAGGAAUGGCUUCGUCUUCAAUCAUUGUUCCGUCUCUUGAAUCGUCGGAUAUCUCGCGCAGUCUGCAUCGUGGUAGAACCGGAGGAAUCCCCUGGUUCGAAGAGAUGGUAGAAGGAAGCCGCUUGGGUCGUCUGAUGCGUGCUCGGCGUGGAAUGGGAGUCAGCGAUGAUCAAUCCACGACCAUACAAUGGGAGUUCAGCGAAUGGCAUGAUGAUGGGACUAGUGACUUUGUGCAACAAGAUUCGGACUCAGGUGGACCUUCUAGGCCUAAAGGAAAGAGGAAGCGUGGGGGACAGGCAGAUGUUGAGAGUGAAGCUCCAUCGAAGCGAGCUGAGUAA